UGAAAUUGUCUAAGAGAAGCUAUUUUAAAUGAUGAAGGAGCAUAAUGUUUGGGUAAAAUUAUUGGCGAAAACGAUGCAUUACAUCCUUCAUUUGAUGAGAUGGCGCUCGUACUAUUUCCUGAUAAUAUAAAAUUCCACGGUCGAAAUUAAAAAUCUGCUGUUGUAUUAGAUGGAAAAUAUUGGCUAAUCUCUCUCCAUAAUAGCACAAAAACUCGAGCUCUUUCUGCAACCGAUCAUCAAACAGAGCUUUGGCCUUUGUGUGGAGAAGCAUACUACAACUACUACUACUACAUACGAUGUCGUUUUGCUCGUCUGUGUCAUCUUCCCAGUCUCUGUCUAUCUUCGCCAAACCUUUUGGAUCUUCUAAGCCUCACACAACUCGAAUCUGUGCUUCUGCUGAUGUCCCUGACUUUCUCUCUGCUGAUUGGCUUGAACCUCGUAGGAAAAAGCCAUUUGGUCCAAGAUUAUGUUUUAGUGCAGAAGAAGCAGUUCGAAACCAGCUUGAUGCAUUGAAGUACAAUGACCAACCUCAUAACGAUUAUGGAGUAGAAGUCAUGUACAGAUUUGCUGGAUUUGAUCCUUUUCAAAGGUCUACCUACUUUGGGCGCUUUUUUGACUUGGGUCAGUUUGAACGAUUCAGGCGAAUCUUUCAUCACUCAACUUAUAGGGUAUUGCUUGGCCAUCAGGAGAGGAAGAUUUUGAGCAGUUUGCAUGUAAAUGAGAAUCUGUAUAAGCAGCGUGUCUGGGUCCGUGGCACUCGGCCUGAGGAAGAAGAAAUCUACCAAUUUAACAUGGUUCAGCGUGUUGGCGGAUCUUGGGAUGGCUACUGGCUGACAGAAUCUGUGCUUCAUGACGGGGAUACUUUCUCCGGAGGUGUGGCUUACUAACUAGUAUCCACAGUAACUCGGAAGUCGAUGUGGUUUCAUUAUAACUUCGUUGCUGUGAAUACGAGUAAUAUACAGUACAGUGUAUAGUGCUGGUGCAUAUUAUCUUCCUUGUAUCAAGACUGGCCAAUCAUGUAAAUGAAAACUUGUACAUCUUAUAGAAUGGAAAAAAUAGAUAUUGCUUCUGGUGAUGCAUCAAA